AUGUCUGGGAGCGGGGAAUCGGAGGAUGCAAACAAGUUUAAAGACAUUGUUGGUUACUUUUCCAAAGAAGAUUGGGCAGAGCUGAGUGACUGGGAGAAACUCCGCUAUAAGAAUGUGAAGCGGAACUAUGAAGCCAUGCUCGCCAUGGCUCUCUCCACCAAAAAUAUGUUUGGAUCAACAAAUGACAAGUCAACCACAGUGUCUGAGAAAAGACGGUAUGAUUUACGAAAUAAAGACAAGAAAAAUUACACUGAGGAACAGGAGCUUCAUGAUGACGACUACCUUUUUUGUGAAGCCUGCGAGACGUUUUUUAUUGAAGAAUGCCCUGUGCAUGGUCCACCCAUCUUUAUGAAGGACACCGUUGUGGAUUCCACUCAACCAGACAGAGCACGUUUAACUCUUCCUGAGGGUCUCUACAUAGCCACAUCAAAAAUUCAGAAAGCUGGUCUUGGUGUCUGGAAUGAAGGGAAGAUUAUUCCCAGGGGUGUUCAUUUUGGACCAUAUGAAGGGGAGCUUUCUACUGAAGAAGCUGCUGCCGUCAGUGGAUAUUCAUGGGUGAUCAGUAAGGCAAACAACGAACUUGAGUACAUAGAUGCACAGGAUGAAUCUAAAUCAAACUGGAUGAGGUUUGUGAAUUGUGCCAGAAAGGAGGAGGAACAGAACCUGGUUGCCUUCCAGCACUGUGGAAACAUUUACUACAGGACGUGUAAGCCAGUUCCUCCUGACUGUGAGUUACUGGUCUGGUACGGUGAUGAUUAUGCCAAGGAGCUGGGAAUCACUUGGACCUCCAUGUGGAUGUCAAAUCAGGAAGCAAAAUUGUCACAUCAAGUGACCCAGAGUGACUGUUACCCUUGCCCUCAAUGCAACAUUGCAUUUACCACAACAGAUUUCCUUAAACGGCAUUUGAGACGACAUGCUGCAUCAUCCUCCAAUGUAAACCAAGAUGGUCAGAAUCCGGUGUCUAAAAGUAGGCAGGAUCCAUUCACACCAUCCAACAGAAAGAGGGUAUUUGCCAAGUCAGAUUACCCUCAAGCCGGUAAAAAGGAGAGGCCUUAUAAAUGUUCCGAAUGUGGGAAGAGUUUCACACAGGCAGGGAGCCUCCAAAAACACCAGCGGACCCACACCGGGGAGAGACCAUAUAAAUGUUCCGAAUGUGGGAAGAGUUUCACAGUGUCAGGGAGCCUCCAUCAACACCAGCGGACCCACACCGGGGAGAGGCCGUAUAAAUGUUCCGAAUGUGGGAAGAGUUUCACACAGUCAGGGAGCCUCCAAAAACACCAGCGGACCCACACCGGGGAGAGGCCGUAUAAAUGUUCCGAAUGUGGGAAGAGUUUCACAGAGUCAGGGCACCUCCAUCAACACCAGCGGACCCACACCGGGGAGAGGCCGUAUAAAUGUUCCGAAUGUGGGAAGAGUUUCACAGAGUCAGGGCACCUCCAUCAACACCAGCGGACCCACACCGGGGAGAGGCCGUAUAAAUGUUCCGAAUGUGGGAAGAGUUUCACAGAGUCAGGGCACCUCCAUCAACACCAGCGGACCCACACCGGGGAGAGGCCGUAUAAAUGUUCCGAAUGUGGGAAGAGUUUCACACGGACAGGGAGCCUCCAUCAACACCAGCGGACCCACACCGGGGAGAGGCCGUAUAAAUGUUCCGAAUGUGGGAAGAGUUUCACACAGGCAGGGCACCUCCAUCAACACCAGCGGACCCACACCGGGGAGAGGCCGUAUAAAUGUUCCGAAUGUGGGAAGAGUUUCACACGGACAGGGAGCCUCCAUCAACACCAGCGGACCCACACCGGGGAGAGGCCGUAUAAAUGUUCCGAAUGUGGGAAGAGUUUCACAGAGUCAGGGAGCCUCCAAAAACACCAGCGGAUCCACACCGGGGAGAGGCCGUAUAAAUGUUCCGAAUGUGGGAAGAGUUUCACAGAGUCAGGGCACCUCCAUCAACACCAGCGGACCCACACCGGGGAGAGGCCGUAUAAAUGUUCCGAAUGUGGGAAGAGUUUCACACGGACAGGGAGCCUCCAAAAACACCAGCGGACCCACACCGGGGAGAGGCCGUAUAAAUGUUCCGAAUGUGGGAAGAGUUUCACAGAGUCAGGGCACCUCCAUCAACACCAGCGGACCCACACCGGGGAGAGGCCGUAUAAAUGUUCCGAAUGUGGGAAGAGUUUCACACAGUCAGGGAGCCUCCAAAAACACCAGCGGACCCACACCGGGGAGAGGCCGUAUAAAUGUUCCGAAUGUGGGAAGAGUUUUGCUUAUCUUCACCAGCAGAAAUCUCACACUUGUGUUGAAACUUGUCACACGUGUGGGAAUGUCUUCGGGGAUUCAUCAGCUUUCACAAUUCAUACUGCGACCGGCUACCACCGAGAUCUGUGUCCGGAUCGCUUGAUCCAUAUUCUCUGUUCAUCCGGCAUGUGUAAAGUUCCACAUGGUGGGCGACUGGAAUCUGGUAGUUACGAGGGUGGCAUCAGGAAUUGCGGACGAUUCAUCGAAGCUGCUGCCAUCAAGGCGAGAAACGAAAUGCUGUGUUCGCUGCAGAUCCUGGCUGGCAGCGUCAAGCAGCUGGAACUGCAGAUCAACUUUCUCAGGACUUUUGAUGAUGCUGAGAGCAUCACCAACAGAAACAUUAGCAAAUGGACACAACAAAGGUUCAGCCUUUCAGAGGAGAGCAACAACAGCUUGGUCUGUGGUACAAUAACUGAGUCUUGGUAUUCACCAUGA